AUGUCUGGGUCAACCCCAUAUACGGCUCGCUCGCCGACGCAGUCAAACCAAUAUCCACCCUAUUCGCCAACUCACCCAAACCGUCCUUUCUACUCUCACCACGAACCUUAUCAAAUACCACCUCAACACCUAGUACAAACCACUCCUCCCUUUCCACCUGCCUCGUUGGUGCAGAGUCCUCUCCAUAACAGACCUCCUACCUUGGCCUCACCCUUGUCUGCGCCAAAUUCUUUACCCCCUCCCCCAUUACCACAAAGUGCACACUAUCAACCAUAUCCCACAAGCCCAUCGGCUUCCCACCUGCGGUCGUCGGUAGCCGGUUAUCCUAUUGGUCUCAUGCCUGCAUAUGAUGGUAGUCCAGCCCAUGCACAUCCGUCGUCACAUCCGCCUGCAUUACAAUCACCCAUAAGAGAACAACAUCAUCUUUCAAACGGCAGACACAAUGACUCGGCCCUAGUUGAAACGCGUCCAGUCUCCAAGGAUAAGCCUGAUCGAACCAGCAAUCCCAUGUCUUUUGCCAGCAUCCUUGGCCCUUCAAACAAUGAACCAUCACCGAAGCCCUCGCCUCCAAGCCUGCCUCGCCCGUCAACACCACCACCCAAACCCGUGAUGGAGACAAAGAAGGCAAUUGCAAAGCAAGAGUUGAGGAGUCUGCACCCAGUCGAAACCAAUGGUGCUCUGACAAAUGGCCACGUCGCAGCGCCAUCUAGGGUCAUCUUGCACGCGCCGCCCCCUAAGGAAUACAUUGCACCUUCAAAACCGCGUCGAAUGGCCACCGACGCGGAAGCAGACAAAAUAUUAAAAGCGUUGGCUGAGAUCGAUGAGACCAUUUAUCCCGACACGGACAACGGCUUUUAUGAAUUGAAAGAGCUCUUCAAGCAGAGGAGUAGGAAACGAAAGGCCAACAUAGAAGAGAUUGAAUCUCGCAAGAAAAAGCGGCGCACAAACUACCUUCUCGAAAAUCUGGCCAAAUCUUUCGAUAUCUCAGCUACCAGUGGGGCACUUCGUUUCCGCGAUCGAUUUGAAGCUGCGGCUGCAAAGGAAAUCGCAGACAAGGACCAUCAAAGCGAAAAAGAGAGAAAGAAAGACAUGCAACGAAAACGCCGUCGCGAGCAGCAAAUUCGUAACGAAACACAAAAGGUCGAGGAACUUCAAGAACGUGCGAGAGAAGCUGAGGAUCAAGAAGAAGCUCAACGGUAUCUCAGACAAGCGGAAAAGGCACAGCAACGAAUCAAACAAACUACUGAACUCCUUGAGGGUGGUCCAGCCCAAGAAGACAUGGAGGUUCCGGCCCCUGCCCCCAACUAUGAAGGCGGUGUCACCUCUACCUUCCAACUUGGAUCACCAGAACCUGGUGAGCCACCAAAGAAGCGCUCGAAGAAGGAUGGACCUUCUGUUCGCCCCAAGAAAUCAAAGGCCCAGAAACAGGCAGAGAAGGACGCCGCCGAAGCUGGUUACGCCGCCAUGCAAGAAAAAGAGGCCCUGGUUCUCAUUGCUCCCAAGGAAGAGACAAAACGAGAGCCAAUGUCCAAAGCGAAGAAAGCCAAAGAAGCCAAGGAGGCUAAAGAAGCCAAGGAGAGAGAGGCCAAAGAAGCUGCUGCUCUUGCUCAGCAGACAAUCAACUAUGAAUCAAAGGGAUACAAUCAGAUCUAUGAACAGAUUUGGAGAGACAUGGCUCGCAAAGAUAUUCCAAAGCUGUACCGCCUGAAACAGGUUUCCUAUAACACUCGCCAAGAAAAUCUGCGCAAGACGGUCAUUCUCGCCAGCAAACAGGCACGUAAGUGGCAAGAACGUACCAACAAGAGCAUGAAAGAUGUUCAGGCCCGAGCCAAGCGAGUCAUGCGAGAGAUGAUGUCCUUUUGGAAACGAAAUGAGCGCGAAGAGCGCGAUCUUCGACGGAUGGCAGAACGCAAGGAAAUUGAGGACGCCAAGAAAGCGGAAGCAGAUCGAGAAGCCAACAGACAGAAGCGCAAACUCAACUUUCUUAUCUCGCAGACCGAGAUCUAUUCCCACUUCAUCGGCCGCAAAAUCAAAACCGAUGAGAUUGAGAGAGCUACAGAUGACCCUGAUGUGGCAGCUUCUGGCGCUGUCGCUAAACCAACUACGCAUGACACUAGCAUGGACGAUCUGUCAGCCUCCGACGAGCAUGGCAACCAUAAAGUUACAAACUUUGAAGAUCUCGACUUCGACGCUGAUGACGACUCUGAGCUCAGAAAAGCUGCAAUGGCCAAUGCUGCGAGUGCUCUCCAGGACGCGCAAGACAAAGCCCGUAAUUUCAACGGUGAUGAUCCAAUGUCGGCCUUCGAUUCCAGCGACAUGAACUUCCAAAAUCCAACUAUGGCUGGUUCGGUCCAAGUUACUCAGCCCAAGAUGCUGCAGGCCCAGUUGAAAGAGUACCAGCUCAAAGGUCUCAACUGGCUGGUCAAUCUGUAUGAGCAAGGCAUCAACGGUAUUCUUGCCGACGAAAUGGGUCUGGGUAAGACCGUGCAGUCAAUAUCAGUCAUGGGUUAUCUGGCCGAACAGCACAACGUGUGGGGUCCGUUCUUGGUCAUCGCCCCUGCUUCAACUCUCCACAAUUGGCAACAGGAGGUCACCAAAUUUGUGCCUACAAUCAAGGUUCUACCGUACUGGGGCAGCGCAAAAGACCGGAAAGUAUUGCGGAAGUUCUGGGAUCGCAAGCAUAUCACCUACAACAAGGACUCGGAGUUCCAUGUUCUUGUGACUUCAUACCAAUUGGUGGUGCAGGAUGCUCAGUACUUCCAGAAGAUCAAGUGGCAGUAUAUGAUUCUUGAUGAGGCUCAGGCUAUCAAAUCAUCCAGCAGUUCUCGAUGGAAGGCCCUUUUGGCUUUUCAAUGUCGCAACCGUCUUCUACUCACUGGUACGCCCAUUCAAAACAACAUGCAAGAACUUUGGGCGUUGCUACAUUUCAUCAUGCCUACACUGUUUGAUUCCCAUGAUGAAUUCAGUGAUUGGUUUUCCAAAGAUAUCGAAAGCCAUGCUCAGAGUAAUACCAAGCUCAAUCAUGAUCAACUCAAACGACUGCAUAUGAUCUUGAAGCCGUUCAUGUUGCGCCGUGUCAAGGCACAUGUCCAGAAAGAACUUGGCGACAAAGUGGAGAAAGAUGUUUUCUGCGACUUGACAUAUAGACAAAGAGCAUACUAUGCCAACCUCCGAAGCAAAAUCAGCAUUAUGGACCUCAUUGAAAAGGCUACGGUAGGAGACGAUCAAGAUACAGCGACUUUGAUGAAUCUGGUUAUGCAGUUCCGAAAAGUUUGUAAUCAUCCAGAUCUGUUCGAAAGAGCCGACACCAAUUCACCCUUCUCAAUGUCGUACUUUGCGGAGACCGCAUCCUUCCUUCGUGAAGGCUCGUACGUGCAGGUUGGCUAUUCCGUGCGCAACCUGAUUCAAUACGAUCUUCCUCGGAUUUUGUGCAAUGAUGUUGGACGACUUGAAAUAGCUGGGCCAAGUAAUCCGACUGCAGGUUUCCGAAGGUCCGGCUGUAGGGCCGACAAGAUGGCAGGAUUGUUGAAGAUAUGGACUCCCGAGCAUAUCAAAGCAUCAGCUGAGGGUGAUGAUACCUUUUCAUUCCUACGAUUUGUUGACACCUCUGCUGGUGAAGCAUGUGAUGCGGCGGAGCUGGGCGUUUUUGAGCGAGCUCUGAAGCUGAAGAGACGGAAUAGCAGAGCUGUUUCUAUUUUCGAAGAUUCUGAGGUUGAAAUUCCAGUCCAUGCCAUGUUCAAUAUCGUGGCUGGUUCCUCCAGGCAGCCUCUCGCGCAACUCGAUCCGAACUCGACUCUUGCAAAACUAUGCAAUGUUUCCAAAGACGCCCUCGCCGACACCGGUUAUUCUGUCCUUGAACCAGCCGCUGGCCCGAAAGCAUCAGCUCCUCCAAUUGAGAUCAGCUGUGCUGAUCAGUCGUCCAUUUCUGAAAAACAAUUGACCUUGUUCAAUACGAAUUUCCGAAACAUCAUGUUCCCUCUAGACGAAACAUUGGAGGAGAAUCUAUUGAAGAACGAUGUGGACCCCCGAAAUUUCCCCUUGUCGAACUUGCUCCCCAAGCCUGAAUCCGAGAAGGCCAAGUUUACCCACAUUGGAGUUCCUUCUAUGCGCCGGUUUGUGACCGACUCGGGCAAAUUGGCGAAGCUCGAUCAGCUCUUGCGAGAGUUAAAGAACGGAGGUCAUCGUGUACUUUUGUACUUCCAGAUGACUCGUAUGAUCGACUUGAUGGAGGAAUACUUGACUUACCGAAAUUACAAGUACUGUCGUUUGGAUGGUAGCACUAAGCUUGAAGAUCGUCGUGACACAGUACACGACUUCCAGACAAGACCAGAGAUCUUCAUCUUCUUGCUGUCCACCAGAGCGGGUGGCCUUGGUAUCAAUUUGACCUCUGCUGAUACGGUUAUCUUCUACGACUCUGACUGGAAUCCAACAAUUGACUCUCAAGCUAUGGAUCGUGCUCAUCGAUUGGGUCAAACCAAACAGGUCACGGUCUAUCGCCUAAUCACUCGUGGUACAAUUGAGGAACGCAUUCGAAAACGAGCAAUGCAGAAGGAAGAGGUCCAACGUGUUGUGAUCACAGGUGGAGGUGGCGAAGGAGUCGACUUCAAUACGCGAGAUCGACGUGAAAACCGAACCAAGGAUAUCGCCAUGUGGCUUGCUGAUGAUGACCAAGCUGCACUCAUUGAGCAGAAAGAAAAUGAGCUUGCUGACAAGCCUGAAGAAGAGCCCACCAAGAAGAAGAGCAAAAAAGCCGCUGCAGCCGCCGCUGCGAGUAGGAAACGCAGAGGUGAGAUGAGUCUCGAUGACAUGUACCAUGAAGGCGAAGGACACUUCGAAGAUGCUUCAGCUAAACCUUCUGGUGCAGCGACGCCAGUCGAGGUGACUGAAACACCACCACCAAAGAAAGGGCCUGGGGCACGCGGUGGCCGAGGUAUCAGCAAGAAAGCAAAGACGGCUAAGCAAAGACUGGCCAUCAUAGACGCUGAAGGCGAUUUGGGUAUGGGUGGAUAA